AUGGCCAGUACCGAGUCCGCUCAGGAUCCCCCGAAGGAAGAAGUCAGUCGCGAUGCCGCCUUCGCGGAAACCAAGUCAAGUGAUGUGCCCGGAAUUAGCGGAACGGGCGACACCCCCGGAGCGGCCAAGGGCUUAGCAGAACGCUCUCGAGACCCCAGUCCGUCCUCCUCAGUGGCCUCUGGACUUUCUUUUUCCAGGGGUGGUACGCAUGGGUCUCCUUCUGUGAGCUCCUCAAAUGCGCCCCCUUUGAGCAUGCCGCAUCCCAAGAAAUUCAGUCAUGUCAAUAUCAACAAAAAGUUCUUGGAGAAGACCUCUUCUGCUUCUACCCCUCCCCACGCCUCAUCGGCUUCCCCAGUGCCAAGGGCCACGAACGCGACUCAGAAACCUGCGUCGCAAACCACCACCCCUCAUCCUCGACUUGUAACCGCGAAAUUGACGGCAACGCCGCAGCCCAGCAGCGCAGGAUGGUCGCGUCCUCCUUCAGCCGUUUCUUCUACCGCUCCGACUCCUUUACCGACGCAAGGAUCAAGGUUGACAACAGGUCCGACGACUACCUCUGGUGUUGCGCCAGUCCCUCCCCCCGGCGGUAAAGUCAUCCACCCACUGUUGCGUAGUAAUCAAGAUGUCCUAUCGGCGAAGAGGGACUUGUCAUCGAAGCCUGUUUGGGGAAAUACAAGAGGCAAUGGCUCUUCAGCUUCAGGUCCGGAUGGCGUUGAGUCUGAAUUCCCCACCGCCGCUGAAGUUGCCCAAGGCCGUACAAAGAAGCCUAUAGACAACAAAGACUCACAAGACUCGACGACUGCCCAGAAGCAGGCCUCUGUGACGGCAGAGGAUACAUUCCGUGGAGUACAUCUGGAUCCAAACGCCCACCAUUGGGAUGAGAUGGAAGAAGACGAUGACAACUUUUUGGAUGGUGUGAUCGAGUUCGGUGAUGGACGCCAGUAUACAGUUCAACCCACAGGAGCCACCCGUCCGACUACACCUCCAAGAGGCCAUUCGUCAUUACCGCCACUUCAGACAGACGCACCGUCUUCGCAAGGAGUCACAGACCAGCCUGUGAGUAAGGAAGAGCGUUUCGCAGACGACUUCGACAGAAGUUGGCCUCGCUCUCACCCAGGAGUCAUCCGAGUUCCCAGCAGCUCUCGUGACCAUCGAUCCAACGGCAGCGUUGUAUCUCCAUCGUCAACUUCAGCGCAGUCCCCACAGGAUGCGUCAAGGGUGCUCUUCAAUGAGCGCUCUAACCGUCUCGAGCCGUAUUCUCAGGCAAGACACUCCCCACAGGGACCUCCCUCGCAUCCCACCCGCAGAGGUAGCAGAUCAGAGCACCCUAUCUUACCGUCUGAAAUCCGACGGGAUGCGCCUCCACACACGCAACCACAGGGCGUGCAGCUACUUCAGAAGACGCAGAAUGGUGCACCACACUCUGACAUCUCUCGUACACCUGGCGACCAUUCUUUGUCUCCAGACAACUCUCGAUUCCGUGAUCGGCCACCACGACGGGAUCUACCCUGGCAAACCGAUGGUUCAUCCACGCAUGAUUCCAGUCGUCCAGGAUCAUUUGGUUCACACCCCUCUGGUCGUCCGACUCGAGACAUAUCCUCUGACGAUCGACGCCGCUCAACAAUGGGUCCGCCGCCUCUUCCGUUGGGUGAUGAUCAUCGCCGACAGCUUCCCCCCCACUUCUCUGCUCCUGGGGCAAGACAUGUACCUCCGCCACGCCAAGAAUCUGAGCUCUCUCUUCGUUCCCCCCUCCCUUCAUUCACUUCCGUGCCUCUUCCAGCGGAGCCUCCGUCGCCAUCUGCAAGUACCCAGGUGGCGCGAUCGCCAGUUGUGCCUUCUCCCUUACUUCCGGUAGCAGACGAAGAAGAGGUUCGCAAAGCCGCGAUGCAUAGUGCGGCUGAACGCGCACGAUUGAGACGCCAACAGGAGGAGGAAGAGCGGCAGAAGGCACAGGAACGAGCGAAGAAGAAGGCACAGGAGAUUGAGGAGCGGAUGAAAUCACUAGAUGAGCAGGCUCAGGAGCGUGAAAAGGAGGAAGCCGAGAAGCGGAAGACAGAAGUCCAGGUUCUCGGAAUCAUCGAGGAAGCUGUGUCGUCUGCAUCACUUUCUGGCAAGAACUCUGACGGGGACAGCGGAGCUCAGCGUCAUCAUCCGCCCAUGGGUCGGACACCAUCAUCGACAGGUACAAGUCGCACAUUUCCACCGCGUAGGACAUCCCUCAAUGCGCCUGCGGCAGCUCCAAGCCCGUCAUCGGAUGGAGACACUUGGCGUCGCAAGCAGCCUCUACCUCCGGUCCAGCCUCCAGUGCCCCAACCACAGGCACCGGCACCACCUGUCAUGUCCCCCAGUGUGCUCGCACACACCGAUCUAGGAGUAAAGGAAGGCGAGGAUGUUGACGUCGUGGAUUUCGCGGACCUCGGCAAGCUAGUGGAAUCUCAGACCUCGCCGGAACCGCUUACCACCAACCACCAUGUUCGUCCCCCAAGAGCUGUAGCCGCUGAUUUCUUCGAGCCUCCCGCAUCGCAACGCCCUCCCCCUCCUUCAUCAAAGGCUGACGAAGGCCCUUGGAGAAGACGUCCUUCACUAGGCCAGGUAUCCGCUUCGCUUCCCGAGAAGCCUGCGUUGCCGCCAGGAGACGAUACGCAAUCCCCCGUGGACAGUCCUCAUCGUCCAGGAGCUCGGAGGCCCUCUGUGACGUAUGCUCCUGGGGAAGAACACCAUCGCAGGGUGUCAGGUCAGUUUCAGAACGGCACUGUCAAAGUUCCACUCGGCCAGCACUAUCGGGAGGCUCCCAUGGCCGCCUUGGACGACACGAUGGCUCGCAUCAAGGGUGCUUUGGACGGCGCUCGCACACAUCCAUCCGCGGAGGCUCCCAAAGAAGCUCUGAAGCCUGCGAAGUGGCUCCCUCCUGCUCUCCGUCAGAAAUCUGCCCAGGAUCUCCCGCAGCCCACGGAGGUGUUCGACGUAACGGUCACCCAGCCUCCGAAGUCGCCGAAACCGGCAUGGAACGCCUUUAUUGUCAAGGCUCCUCCCGUGACACGCCCAGUUGCCCCGCCCCUGAAAACUGGACUGGUUUGGCCUCGAGGGCAACGGUUCAUGCGGUUGGAGCCCUGCACAUGGGACCAGCUCAACCGUCGUGACAUUACACCCAAGUACUCCCAGGGCCAGCCGAAGUACUUUGUGUCAAUACCUCGGCGUCCUCCCACACCUUCCUCCCCCGUCGUAAACUUGCCUACCACACCUCCGCGGCUGCGCACUGCGAACACCAAGGAAACUACAGGUCCAAGCUGGCGAAAAGCGCCCACCUCUCCUUCGGCGUCUGAGCCGGUCGCCCCCUCCGGAGACACCUUCGUCGAAGAUCAGCCUCAACGGGACCGAACCUCAAUGGGCCAAUUCGCGGCUAGCAGCGAGGCGCAAGGUGGAUCGAAGCUUGGGCUGGAAAUGCUACCUCCACCCGCUGUGCCUUCUGUUCUUGAAGUUUCUCCGGCUGAUUCAAAAGUGGAGAAACACACACCUGUUAACAGUGUGGCUACUCCGACUCAGUCACAGACGUCCUUGUGGUCCAAGUCGCCGCGAGCUUUUGCAUUGAAGGAGUCACCGUCAAGAGCACCGGAUCCAGAGCACCUCAAGGCCGUUUGGUCGACUACACCCGAGAAGGCUCAGAACCAGCCAAUCAACUCGUUGAAGAGCAUUGCAGACGACCUUACGGGCGUCCCGUUUAUCAUCCAGGACGUUAAGACGGGCGAAGGAGCGACUCCACCGCCCCCAGGUUCCGGGCCUUGGACGAGAAUGUCGGCAUACGAAGUCACUCGUGCCUUCCAACAACGGCCAACAGCACCUUCGGUCGGUGCCUCGGCCUUAACAGUUUCAAAUACGAACGGAUCUGCCCCUCGCCCUCCAGAGUUCUCCUUCUCUCCGCCUCCGAUGGGACCGAACGUCCGUUCUAUGUAUCCCGGCUACUCCCCUAUGUCGAGCCCAAUCCCCCGCCCUAUGGUCAUCAACGGCGCCGCGCCGCCCUACCCGCACGCACAACCCGUUUGGGUACCCGCCAUACCCGGACCCGGACCUCCGCUUCCCCAAUCCGCGGGACUCAUGCGCUCGCCCUACCCAACACAGCUCAUGCCGUACCCCUCCGCGGGCGGCGCUAUGCCCAUGUACGCCUCGCACAUGCCCGGCAUGCAGAACCACGCCCACCCCCCUCCACAAAACGGCGUCCAAGGCCGCCCGCCAGGCAUGCCGCUCCCCGCGAUGCCCUCAAUAUACGCCGGAAGCCCCGUGCUCGUGCCCACGCCUCCCGUGAUGGCCCCUGGCCAGUAUCCGGGGCAGGUGAACCGCGCGCCGCCGAUGCGCUCGCCGUAUGAGCAAAAUACGCCGCAGCUACCGCCACCACACAUGGCGCCCCAGAUGCGCCUUGGGCAGCCGCCGGCGAACGGCUUCCACCCACCCCCGAUGCCUUCCAACUACGCUGGGCGGUCACCUUGGUAA